AUGUCGCGUGUGCAGCAGCUCAUUGUUGAGGUGCUGAAAUCGCGCGCUACGCGCCGCGAUUCCAAGUCCUACCUGGACAUGUUUGGCCGGAAACUUGAGCCUAGUAGUGCCAAAACUCCUUCGACUGCCACAGCCUCUGCAGGCACUGUGCACGAUACCAAGGCGUCCUCCCCUCCCUCGCCUUUGCCCACUGAGGCAUCUCUACCGCUUGGAUCCACUGUGCACGGAAGCCUGCUAAGUGAUGCUCCCAGCACGGCUGAUCGCAUAUCUAGCGAAGUGCCAUCGUUGGAUGAGUCACACGCGGCGCUUGUCAAAUUGCAAGGUCCCUUCACUGAUCGUCAACUCCAAUCCAUUGCCGAAGGGUUGGCCUACUUGCAAACCUUGGGUCUCAUAUGUAUCGUGGUUCUGGAUCACCGGCAGUGGCCUCACUCGCCAAGGUUCUUGCCCAAUGGCCAGCGUGUUGACGAGGACAUGGAAGAGCUGCAGUCCUGGUCCUCCCGUUCCCAGCCACUAUCUGAACGUCUUGGGCUAGCCGAGGCAGGACUUCGUGUGCGUAUGGUCAAAGAGCUAUGGCGUGUUUCGAACACACUUACAGCGGCUGGCACGGACCCUCGGCCACAAGCCCAUGCCGUUAUGCGUGUCGUGACCCAGGAAGAUAUUCAACCACCUCUCACUACAGGCAGUGAGCGUGCGCCUAUAGUGCCUGAUGAUACCAUCGCAAGCGUCUAUACGUCCCUCGAAGAAGGACGUAUUCCUAUUAUUAUGCCGCUGGCGUUAAGUGAUACACCGACAUUGCAGGCCGUGUGCGUCGACGCGGACGAUGUCAUGGUCGCAUUAGCUCGUGGUAUGACGCAUAUGCCACGAGCUGAGGAGGGUAUGAUGGAGUUGGCGCCUCUACGUCUCCUGGUCAUUACAAAUGAAGGCGGUGUGCCCUCGCAUGCGCGUGGCGGUGAUCCGCAUUUGAUGAUCAAUUUAGCGUCGGAAUACGACUCAAUUCGUGCCUCGUACAUAUGGGAUGAUACACAUCCCACGGCGCUGUCCAAUUUAGCUAUGGUACGCGAUUGCCUAUCGUACAUGCCUGCUAUCUCGUCGGGUGUGCUAGCAACGCAUCGCUCGCCGCAAAGCUUGAUUGCGAAUCUCAUUACCAACAAAGCUGCCUACUCGCCUAGCCUGCCGCCGCGUCUGCUCGCUGCCCGCCGCGAAAUGCGGCAUAUGCCUACAGUCGUCCGAGCUGGCCUGCCAUUGCGUGUCCUUACGGAUCCUCGCGAGAUUGAUUGGGAUCGUGUACAAGGUGUUCUGGAAAGCAGUUUUCGACGUACGCUUGACCGCGAUGCCUACUUUGCUCGUCUACACGCGUGUCUCGACUUUCUUAUUGUGACCGGCGACUAUGAUGGGUUGGCGAUUGUCACGAAAGAGCAUGCGCCUGCCGAUACGCCCACGACACCGCCGAUUGCGUACCUGGAUAAGUUUGCCGUGCUGCCGAAGCUGCGUGGUAGUGGCGCUGUCGACUUUUUAUGGGGGGCGCUACGUGAUGAGGUACAUGGUCUAGGGUUGCUUGAUGCCCUCAAUCAUAAUGGUGGGCGAGGCGGUGUUGGCCAAGGUCGCGACUUGGUAUGGAAGAGCCGAGCUGAGAACGUGGUAAAUCGUUGGUACUUUGAGCGCAGCAAUGGGUUUAUACGAUUGCCUGGUGGGCCACCGGAUUGGUUCCUUUUCUGGUGUGACGCGGAGGACCGGCUGAAGCGGCUGGCUGGCGAGCCUGUCGUCUCUAGUGAUAUGCGCCUCGAUGAGGUAUGGCAACAGGCCCCGUCGCAGUCCGAUACGCCCCUGUUACCGAUCAUCACGCCGGAGGAGCAGGGGCGUUUGACACGCUGGGCAUCGUGUCUGAAACAAAUUCCUUCGGCCUGGCGCUAA